AUGCGCGUGGAGCCAAACCGAAUUGCUAUCCAAAACGCUGCUGUUCACUUCCAUCCUGCCCUCCCCCUUCCUGCCAUCCUCUCUCAUGCUGCCCUCGUCUCCCAUCUUGCCCUCCUCUCCCAUCCUGCACUCCUCUCCCAUCCUGCCCUCCUCUCCCCCCUGCUCUCCUCUCCCAUCAUGCCCUCCUCUCCCAUCAUGCCCUCCUCUCCCAUCCUACCAUCCUAUCCUCCCUCCUCUCCUCUCCCGUACUGCCCUCCCCUCCUCUCUCGUCUUGCCCUCCUCUCCUCUCCCGACCUACCCUCCCAUCCUCUCCCGUCCAGCCCUCCUCUCCUCUCCUAUCCUGCCCCCCUCUCCUCUCAUGUCCUGCCCUCCCCUCCUCUGCCGUCUUGCCCUCCUCUCCUCUCCCGUCUUUCCCUCCCAUCCUCUCCUGUCCUGCCCUCCUCUCUUCUCCUGUCCUACCAUUCACUUGUGCAUCCCAAAUCCACCUAG